CAGAUCAAGGAAGAAGUCGGGGCCAAUCAAGACAGCUAAGGCAUUGGCUAGUAACAGUUACGAACACGAUCAUCAGUCACUGUGAGUGGGCAUAGUAUUUACAGCAGUGGCCCUUAAACUAAUACAGCAGGGGAGAUACUCAUGUACAUGUAUGAGUCUUAAAGUGGACAAGGGUACCAAUUUUCUUCCUUAAAAAUGGCCAUGGAUAAAAAUCUUUGGGAAGCUGUAUCUAGAAACAACUUGCAGGAAGUACAAAAAAUAUUGUCUUCUGGAAGAAACAUUGACCUGAAUGAGCCAUUUGUAGUAUCAAUUCAUUAUCGUGAUGGUUUUCACAGACAUCAAGUUGGAAAUUAUCUGCUUCAAGCCUGUCUUUUCAGUUCACCCAUAGUUGUCAGUGCUCUGGUCAAAGCUGGGGCAAAUGUCAAUAAGAGUAGUGAGGUAGUUUGUAGAUCAGUACAUUUAGUUGAGGGUUAUGAAAGAAAGUACAAUGUUACCCCUUUGAUACUUGCUGUUAUCCAGAGGAAUGUGGGACUUGUGGAAAAAUUGCUUCACCGCUGUGGUGCAGACGUGAACGGAAGAAAUGACGCAGGUUUAACUGCCCUACACCUUACUGUCAAGCCUGCUGAUGGCUUCAGCUUGUUUGGGUAUAAAAAAAUCAACAGUUCCAGAAUGGACUCAUCACCACAAUGUGAGCAAAUUGCAAGCUUAUUGCUAGAAGCAGGAGCAAGAGUGGACUUGCAGGAUAACAUGGGUCAAACUCCCCUUCAUAUUGCUGUCAUGGAGAAGGACGUAGUUGUAGCUAGAAUGUUACUUCGGCAUCAUGCAAGAGUCGAUGUUCCUAACAGAGAGGGAAGGACUCCCCUUCAUGAGUCUGCCAAAGCCCUAGAUGCUGAGAUGUGCAGGAUUCUAACUGAUGAUACAGAAGUCGAUAGCUCAACUCUUGUGAAUCUUGCAUCAAAUGAUGGCACCACCCCCUUACAUGCGGCCAUCCUUGCCAUGGCUCCACAACCACACAUGUGGCGUGCAGUCGGUGCAGACUUUGACAAUUGCGCAGCUGUUGUAACGAUCUUGAUCAGAAAAGGUGCCAACUUGGCGGCUGAAAAGGACCAUUUCACCCCUCUGCACCUGGCAGCUGAGCAUGGCCUGGUCAAUGUUGUCAAACUGCUGGUAGAAGCAGGAGCAGACAUCCGUGCAGAAACUCCAAACACUGGUCUGACCCCUCUGGAUAUGGCUGAACAUGGAGGGAACCAAGAAAUCAUUGACAACCUGACAGCAAGGCAAGAAAGUGACACUUGCGAGAGAGAAAAGAACAAACGAGAAGAACCAAGUAUUGAGCAAGAAGUAGAAGAGGAAGAGCCACAGAAGUCAGACACACCUGUGGAAGACAUUCUUGAAGGAGCAGUGGGAGGGUUUGAACAAGUGUUGGUCAUCAAGGAAGAAGGAGACCCUAUAGAAGAGUGACAUGUUGGUAAUAUAUAUUAUUAGGCCUCAACAAAUCAAUUUGUGUACUUGCAAAUCAGAGGUGGACAGGGACUCUCAGUUUGAGAGAACAUUUUGAUGCAAAAUCGUGCAUGCAGCAGUGCAAAAAUGAGGAAAUGAUCUAAAUAAAAGAACAUUUAAUACUGCAACAGUGAAUUGCACAGAAAUUUGGAAAAC